ACAAAGUAAGAUACUGAAACAGAAUUAUCGACAGGAAGAAUUCCAGACAUUGUUAGAGCAAGAGAGAAAGAAUGGGUCAGUCGAGGUCAUCGUCAUGUUUAAUAGUGUCAAUGUUGAUAGUAACAUUGAUCAUGGUAAUGGUGAACGAGAGUCAUUCAGCAGGAAGGGAAUUCACAAACAGACAUAGGAAAAAACCAAAUAAUAUCAACUACGCAGACGCUUUAACGAAAAGUAUUUUAUUUUUCGAAGGACAACGAUCUGGAAAAUUACCUGGAAACCAAAGAAUGGCAUGGAGGAAAGAUUCUGCUAUCUACGAUGGUUCAUUAGUCGGGGUUGAUCUGUCGGGAGGAUACUACGAUGCCGGGGACAACCUCAAGUUUAAUUUUCCUAUGGCAUUCACAACAACAGUAUUAUCCUGGAGUGUAUUGGAGUUCGGCCAGCUCAUGGGUUCUGAUCUACAAUAUGCAAUAGAUGCAAUAAAAUGGUCGACAGAUUAUCUCAUCAAAUGCACGAACAACCCUGACGUUAUUUAUGUUCAAGUUGGGGAACCUAAUAGUGAUCACGGAUGUUGGGAUAGGCCUGAGGAUAUGGACACUGAUCGAAUGGCAUAUGCUAUUAACACAACCCAUCCUGGCUCUGAGGUUUCAGCAGAAAUGGCUGCUGCGUUAGCAGCUUCCUCCAUUGUCUUUCAAUCUAGCGACCCAGUUUACUCUAAAACACUUCUUGAUAGGGCAACACAAGUUUUCAGCUUUGCAAAUACAUACCGAGGAAAUUAUAACGAUUGCCUGAGGCCGGUUGUUUGCCCUUUCUACUGCGAUUGGAGUGGUUUCCAGGAUGAAUUGGCUUGGGGUGCUCUGUGGCUAUACAAGGCAACACAUGAAACUAGGUAUUUGGAUAUCCUCAACACUGCCAAUUACGUUGCUUAUGCUCAUGAAUUUGGUUGGGAUAAUAAGGAUGCUGGCAUCAACGUACUUGCUACCAUCGAAUUACUUUUGAAUGGAUCAUCACUCUCCGAGCAUUUGUCCAACAAGGGAGAGGAUUACCGGUUGAAUGCCGAUAGAUUUGUUUGCGGCAUAUUACCAGAAAAUCCUACGAGCGUAACUUAUUCUCCAGGUGGGCUAAUGCAUAAAAAGGAAGGAAGCUACAUGCAAGUUCCAGGAGCGAUUUCUUUUCUUGCCCUUGUCUAUGCUCUCCAUUUGAAUGGCGUUAACCAGGCCAUUGAUUGUCCCGACGGAACUCGUGUUACUCCACAAAAAUUGGUUGCCAUUGCCAAGAGUCAAGUGGAUUACAUUUUGGGAAAUAAUCCAUUAAGUAUGUCAUACAUGGUGGGAUAUGGUGACAAGUUCCCAACAAGAAUACAUCAUCGUGCAUCUUCAAUGCCAUCACUCGAUCAAUAUCCACAACAAAUGCAUUGUAAAGAUGGGACACCUUACUAUGAAACCUCAAAUCCUAACCCAAAUUUGUUGAUAGGAGCUGUUGUUGGAGGACCCGAUAUGAUGGAUCAAUUUGCUGAUAAUCGAGCACAAUAUGCUGCAUCUGAACCUACAACUUACAUCAAUGCGCCUCUAACCGGGCUCUUUGCUUACUUUGCUCACAAUACUUAAUUACCUAAUUGAUGUACUAUAUUUGGUCAUAUCCAUUCUUUCUCAAGUUUCCUUUUG